GUAAAAGGGUAUAUUCUCCUCGCCCGAUCCAGCCCUGGACGCGACGACGCCGGCGAUCGAUCGAUAGGGAUGCUGGCCUGAUCGCGCAACACCGCUGUGAGUGCUCCAUCGAUCUCUGCUUGUAAAAGAUGGCAAGAAGCUUCGCAUUCGCAGCCUCGGUGGUGUUCGUGUUCCUUGCUCUCAACACGGUGACAUGCUUUAAGAGCGAGGAGUUUCGAAAGUGCCAGCAGACUCCCUUUUGCAAGGACUCUCGCGCUCGCAAACCCGGGAGCUCUGGAUUCCGAGCCUCGCCCGCCGAAGUUGUGGAUGGAUUCGUGCAAGCACGGCUAAUCCCCGAGAAUUCCACCGGGUCAGACAACUUGGUGCUCAAGCUCAUGGUGUAUCAAGGUGGUGUGCUGCGGAUCAAAGUCGACCAAGAGAACGUCCCCGGAGGCAAGAAGCGUUUCGAAGUCCCCGACGUUCUUGUGGACGGUUUGGAGAAGAAGCGGCUGUGGCUCCAGCGGAUCACAGCGAAAGAUGGACUCUCAACGUUCUACCUUUCUUCCGGUCAUGAAGUCGUGUUGCAACACGAGCCGUUCCAGGUGUAUGUCACCAGAGGACAGGAAAAGCUUGUGUCCGUCAACGGCAAAGGCUUGUUUCACUUCGAGCAGCGCCGGGAGAAGCAAGAAGGCGAGAACUGGGAGGAACACUUCCGAAGCCACACUGACUCGAGGCCAUAUGGACCUCAAUCCAUCGGCUUCGACGUUUCUUUCCACGGUGCCGAGCACGUCUACGGGAUUCCAGAGCGAGCAACGAGCUUGGCCUUGAAGCCGACGAGAGGGACGGAAGAACACUCGGAGCCUUAUCGACUCUUCAACCUGGACGUGUUCGAGUACCUCGCCGAGUCGCCAUUCGGGUUGUAUGGAUCCAUCCCGUUUAUGCUCUCUCACGGCUCCAAGAGGACCUCGGGGUUCUUCUGGCUCAACGCGGCGGAGAUGCUCAUCGACGUUUUAUCACCAGGCUGGGACGGUGCCGCCGGGGAGGAGUCCAAGCAAGGCAUCGACACUCAUUGGUUUGCGGAGGCUGGGAUCGUGGACGCUUUCGUUUUCGUUGGUCCUGGACCCAAGGACGUGGUGCAGCAGUACACCGGUGUCACUGGAACAACAGCGAUGCCACCAUUUUUCUCCAUCGGAUAUCAUCAGUGCCGCUGGAACUACAAGGACGAAGCUGAUGUUGCUCAGGUUGAUGCGAAGUUUGACGAGUAUGAUAUCCCGUAUGAUGUCAUCUGGCUGGAUAUCGAGCACACCGAUGGCAAGCGCUACUUCACUUGGGAUCCGAUCACUUUUCCCACUCCAAAGGAGAUGCAAGCUAAGCUCGAGGCUAAAGGUCGGCAUAUGGUGGCGAUAGUGGAUCCACACAUCAAGAGGGACGAAGGCUUUGCUCUCCACAAAGAAGCUACGUCCAAAGGCUACUACGUGAAAAACUCGCAUGGAAGCGACUACGAUGGCUGGUGCUGGCCGGGCUCAUCGUCCUACCCCGACUUGGUGAAUCCGGAGAUUCGUGCUUGGUGGGCGGAGAAGUUCACGCUGAAGAACUACGUUGGCUCAACGUCGAUUCUUCACAUUUGGAAUGACAUGAACGAGCCAUCCGUGUUUAAUGGGCCGGAGGUUUCCAUGCCGCGAGACAACCUUCACUAUAACGGCAUUGAGCACCGUGACGUUCACAAUGCUUAUGGUUACUAUUUCCAUAUGGCCACAACGCAAGGCCUUCGGAAUCGCGAAGGCCAAAGACCAUUUGUUCUGUCAAGAGCUGUCUUUGCCGGAACUCAGAAGAUUGGUCCCAUUUGGACUGGUGAUAACACUGCAGACUGGGAACAGCUCAGAGUUUCAGUGCCUAUGAUUUUGUCUCUCGGGAUAACUGGAAUCGCGUUCACAGGGGCGGAUGUUGGAGGAUUCUUUGGGAAUCCUAGUUCGGAGUUACUGACUCGCUGGUAUCAGCUAGGAGCGUUUUAUCCCUUUUUUAGAGCUCAUGCUCACCUUGACACAAAGCGGAGAGAACCAUGGAUUCCUGGGGAGCCAUACACGUCUCGGAUUCGUGAAGCCAUUCAUACACGCUAUGCACUGCUCCCUUACUACUACACUCUUUUCCGGGAAGCGCACGAAACAGGCAUUCCUGUGAUGCGACCACUUUGGUUUGAGCAUCCGAACGAUCCCGAGACGUUUGCAAUGGACGACGAGUUCCUUAUCGGCGAUGCACUGCUCGUCCGCAGCGUGUACACGGAAGGAUCGAAUUUGGAGACGGUCUAUCUGCCAGGAUCCGAGCCAUGGUUUGACAUAAAGACCGGCCAAAGUUUCAAUGGUGGCAAAACUUACAAGCUCGCUGUCUCACAAGACUCCAUCCCUGCAUUCCAGCGGGGUGGAACGAUAAUUCCUCGCAAGGACAGGUUUAGGCGCAGCUCAUCCCAGAUGGUGGAUGAUCCAUACACUUUGGUGAUCGCGCUAAACUCUACUCAAGAAGCACAAGGAGAGCUCUACAUCGACGACGGCAAGAGCUACGAGUUUGAGAAAGGAGCUUUCAUCCACCGUCGCUUUAGCUUCUCGGGAGGCAAACUCUCCUCGUCCUCGGCCUCACCAGCCAGCAAGAGCUACAAGACUCUCUCCACGGUCGAGAGGAUCAUCAUCCUGGGCCUGGAUGCAAAGAAAGUCCCGGCAGCACACCGAGCUCUUGUGGAGGAGGGGGGCCAAGAUAGGCAGGCCGACAUCGAGGCAGCGCCUCCGGUCUUGCGAGCCAAGCUCAAAUCCAACGCUGUGGCCGUCAGGCUGCCAAACGUAUCCAUCGACAAAGAUUGGUCCAUUAAAGUCUUGUAAAACCAAAGAACUUGGAGAACUUGUCAUAAGAGCUUUAACAAAAAUGUUUCUCAUGAUCUGGAAGAACAAAAAGAAAGCUUCGAGUACCUCGGAGAGAAGAGCAUCA